AUGGCUGAUAUCUCCAACACUGAGCAACUCACACUAAAACAGCCUAAAGUGAUAAAUAGCACAACAGCACGUCUCCCCCCCAUCCGGGUAGAGGAGUCCAGCUUCUCCCAGGACAUGCAGUGGUUGCUGGAGCGUGGCGUGCAGUUCGCCGAUGUGGCUUUCUACGCCGGGGACUCUGGGAAAGAGCUGGGGUGGGCACAUGCGGCCGUGCUCUGUGCUGUCAGUCCGUACUUCAGACAGCUGCUCCUGGGGCCCAAGACCAGGGAACGUCCCCAGUCAAGGUGUGUUUGCAGAGAGCGGGACGGAGGCCCACAUUCGCUGCUUUCCACCUGGGACGGGGGGAUUAUUGACGACAUGCCACGAUCAGAGGGGCACCUGACAGGACGCCUUUCUCGUCUGGUGGUGAAGGACCCCCUCCUGUGUAUGUGCUUGUGGGAGACACUAAUGUUCAUUUACAGAGGAGCGUGGGAGUGGGAUCACCUCCAGGAGGCCCUGGAAGAGAAGCUGAAGAAUUCGCUAGCUGUGGCUCAGCUUAUGGAGCGUAUACGAUCCCUCAUCGGCAGAGACCGGGGCCCCAGGGACACCCCGAGUGCCCGGGCAGCUCAGCUUGGCCCCCAGACUCUUGUCAACCUCUUCAAUUCUCCCCUUUACUCUGAUGUCAUCUUCAUGGUGCAAGGGAGUGUUUUGCCAGCCCACCGAGCAGUGCUGGUGGCACGCUGUGACGUAAUGGCGGCCAUGUUCAGUGGGAAGUAUGCCGAGGCCCGGAGCCGAGUGGUUCCCAUCCACGGUGUCUCCUCAGAUACAUUCCUGUCUUUCCUGGAGUACCUCUACACUGACUCCUGCUGUCCUGCCAGUGUGCUGCAAGCCAUGGCCGUGCUGGUCUGCGCCGAGAUGUACCAGGUGAAACGUCUGCAGCAUCUGUGUGAAGUGUGUGUGUGCGCUUACCUUCAAAGCAUGCCCAGUAGAGAGCUGUCGUCAACGGGCAUCAGCGUUAUUCGACUACUCCGCCGAGCAAAGUGCCACAACGCAGAGCAGCUGUACGUCUGGCUUCUCCACUUUAUCGCCAACAACUACCUGAUCUUCAGUCACAAACCUGACUUCCUGGAGCUCUCAGAAGAGGAGCGCGAGCAGGUGGAGAGGCUACGCUGGCCGUCCAGAGGCUACCUGCAGGAGCUCAGCGAGUACCAGCAGCGGCGACGCAAACUACGUAAGUCCCGCUGCAUAGUCAUGUGA